GCGGAGGGCAGGGCGGAGUGACGCGCCGUUUUUAUUGAAGCCGGCGGAGCGUCAGCUGUGAUUCUCACGCUGCUGAUGACAGAGAGCGCGCUGCUGCAGCCGCUUCAUCUCCCCCCAUACAUGCUUCACACAGCCUCACUGAAACCGACUGCGACAUCUCCGUGGAAGGAUUUAAUGUUACUUUCGUGUUGGAAUAACUUUACUGCCCCCUUUUUCGCUUUUUGGGUCGAUUUCGCCCCGUCUUGUUGCGCCGACAGUUUUAAAUCUAAAAGCUUUAUAAUAAGGAAAGAAACAGCGCAGACAUCAUGCCGCUGAAUUCAAGUUUGGCGAGUAAAAACUAUGACUACGAUUACGACUCUCUUCAACCGUAUUUCUACUAUGACAACGAGGAGGAGGAUUUCUACCCUCAACAGCUUCAGCCUCCGGCACCGAGCGAAGACAUCUGGAAGAAAUUUGAGCUGCUGCCGACCCCUCCCCUCUCACCCAGCCGCCGGCCGUCCCUGUCAAGCCUCUUCCCCUCCACGGCGGAUCAGCUGGAGAUGGUGACCGAGUUCCUGGGCGACGACGUGGUCAACCAGAGCAUCAUCUGCGACGCAGACUACUCCCAGACCUUCCUCAAGUCCAUCAUCAUCCAGGACUGCAUGUGGAGCGGCUUCUCCGCCGCAGCCAAGCUGGAGAAGGUGGUCUCCGAGCGGCUCGCUUCUCUCCACGCCGCCAGGAAGGAGUCGUCGUCGGCGGCGGCAGCAGCUGACAGCGCGGAGUCCGCCGGUGCAGCCGCCUGGAGGCUGAACAGCAGCUACCUGCAAGACCUGAACACAUCUGCAUCGGAGUGCAUUGAUCCCUCGGUGGUUUUCCCAUACCCGAUAGCCGAAACGCCCAAGCAGAGCGUAGUGACGCCGCCUAGUAAGGAUUUGGGCUUGGACACGCCACCAAACAGCGGUAGCAGCAGUUGUAGUGACUCAGAUGAGGACGGAGACGACGACGAUGAGGAGGAAGAGGAGGAGGAGGAGGAGGAGGACGAAGAUCAGGAGGAAGAGGAGAUCGACGUGGUCACGGUGGAGAAGAGGCAGGCGGUGAAGCGGUGCGACCCCAGCCCGUCAGAGAGCAGGCAUCCCAGCCCGCUCGUGCUGAAAAGGUGCCACGUAUCCACCCACCAGCACAAUUACGCCGCCCAUCCAUCCAUGAGGCACGAGCAGCCGGCUGUCAAGAGGCUGAAGCUGGAGAGCAGCAGCAGCAGCAGCAGCAGCAGUGGUGGCGGUGGCGGCGGUAGCAGCAGCGGCAGCCACAGCAGGGUCCUCAAACAGAUCAGCAGCAACCGCAAGUGUUCAAGCCCCCGGACGUCUGACACGGAGGACUAUGACAAGAGAAGGACUCAUAACGUACUGGAGCGCCAGAGGAGGAACGAGCUCAAGUUGAGCUUCUUUGCCCUGCGGGACGAGAUCCCCGAAGUGGCCAACAACGAGAAGGCGGCCAAAGUGGUGAUCCUGAAGAAGGCUACAGAGUGCAUUUACAGCAUGCAGUCGGACGAACAGAGACUCCUCUCACUCAAAGAGCAGCUGAGGAGGAAAAGUGAACUUUUAAAGCAGAGACUCGCACAGCUGCAGGGCUCUCGUGCUUAAAGUUUGAAUCAUCAUAGACUUUUUUUGGCCUUUUUUGUUUUGUUUUUUUAUGCAAGUUCAAGACUUAGGGUGUACAGUUGUUGUUGCAUGCAAAUGCAAAGCGGAUUAAGUUGUUUGGAAUCUUGUUUGAUUUCAAUGUUGAAACUGCCUCAAUUGAAGUUAUGGGUGGAUUAAAUAUUUAAAGUUUAUUUUUAUUAAUGAAAUAUUAAAAAUGGGGUUACCCCGUUGAGGGCCCAAACUAAAAUAUACAUUUUUAUGUUUUGUAUAUAAUUAAUAUUUCCUAAGAAAAUGUAUUUUUGGACUCAAUUGUCUGGAUGUUUCAGACCCAGUGUUUGGUUUUUUCAUUAUGUUCUUUAGAUUCUCUUUGAAAUAUAAAAAAAUGUUUCUUCUGGAA